AUGGACAUCAGCCUAUUUGGCCUUGCAAGAAACACUCUUCCUCGCGUCCCGCUAAUUCUCAAAACCGCUAUACUUGCGCUCUUUGGGUGGUCACCUAAUAGCUCUGUUCAAGAUGCUGUCACUGAGAUUAUUGCCGUCAUGGCUCGUCCUACCCUCGGUAACCCAGUAUCCUUGUUGAAGUCUCAACAGCAGACGAAGAUAGACUAUGGCAUAUGGGGUCGCAUGUGGGUGUCGAAAUAUACGAUCCUGAGCCCCGAGAAGAAACCCAACAGCCACCUAGGCAUCUGCGAGGUUCAAGACGCUCUGACUAAGGCUAUCGAGGCUUUGGGAGAUGGCUCUGACCAUUACACACAGCCAAAGGCUGUUAAUGUAGAAGCAGAAUGGACAGGCUAUCGUGGGGGAGUUUCCCACAUUGCAAGGUCCCCAGACAUUUCAGAGAGAGACAAAUAUGAACAAAUGAUGAAGGAGGUUGAGAUAGACUCGCCUGUCAUCCUCUACUUACAUGGUGGUGCUUUCUGUUUGAUGGACCCCGCCACACAUCGAUGGACAACCUCCGGUCUCGCCCAGCAAACCCGCGGUCGAUGUCUCUCAGUACGGUAUCGACUUUCACCUCAGUAUCCAUUCCCAUCAGCGCUCCUCGAUUGCCUCAUUGCGUAUCUCGCCCUACUUUGCCCACCGCCUGGAUCCUUCCAUGAACCCAUUUCUCCAUCUCAGAUCAUCCUAGCAGGUGAUUCAUCUGGGGCUGGUCUAGCGGCAUCGCUCCUCCAGAUUCUACUCACUCUCCCUCGUAUAGGGAUAUCACGUAUAUACUUCCACGACCGCCAUGUAGACAUUACAGUUCCAUUAGCCGGUCUGGCGUUCACCUCGCCUUGGCUAGACCUAUCUCGCUCCCUUCCCUCCGUAACACGAAACUCCCGCUACGAUAUUAUUGCGCCCCCGUCUGAAGACCGCACUAUUCCUCAUCCGAAUUUCCCUCCCGAUUCGGUCUGGCCAACAGUUCCUCCUCGAGUGGAGACAUAUUGUGAAGCGACAAUGGUGGAUCAUCCACUCGUCAGUCCUUUGGCCACGCAUAAAUAUCUUUGGGAUGGAGCACCUCCUGUAUAUCUCUCUGUGGGGUGGGAAGGUAUGCAGGAUGAGGCAGAGGUAUUUGCACGAAGAGUUUACGAGGCUGGUGGAACGGUGGGGUUUGACGGAUACGAGGGAAUGCCACACGGCUUCUCCAUGAUACCAUGGAACAAAGCUGGGAGAUCUGCGUUUACGAAUUGGGCCGCAUUUUGCAAGCAGGCGGUUGGUGGAGGAAUACAGAGAGUUGAUUAUGGAACAUGGACUAAUAAACAUGGCGUCGUGAGAGUAGUGAGCUUAAUGGAUCUGGGUAUGAGAAGACAGGGCGGGGUGCAAGUGCGGGAUGAGGACCUUGACGAUGCCAAGGUCGAUCAAUACAUGGCCAUUCAGAGAGACUGGAGGGUAAAACUGGAAGAACAACUUAGGGUCGAGUGCGAAGUGACUACACAGACUGUUCGAGCUCAAGAAGUUACUCGAUGGACAGCAGCUAGGAUGAGGCCUCGAGAAGGCCGACUGGCUACACGAAACUACUUAUAG